AUAUAAAGACGUUGAAGAGUUAUAGUCGUAGUCGUAGAAUAAUAAAGAAAUUUGUAAUAAGUCUAAAAUAAAAUAUCAAAAACGUAAAUCAUCGUUUAAUUGAAGUCAAGCUGUGGUUAAACAUCACAUGGUGUCAGGUGUGAAAACGAAUUUCAGAAGAAAUCAAGAGAAGGAAGCAUAUACUAAAAAUGGCCACGCCAUCGUCUCCGUCCACGCCAACACAUAUGCAAAGCAGUCCGAUGUAUGGUUCAAGUUUACCAACAUUAAAUUUCUCAUCAACGAAUCUCGACAAUGAAUGGAAAAAAUGGAAACUGCAUUUUUCAAUUUUUCUGAAGGCAUCAGCACUGGACGAAACAGAAGAAAGCAGGUUAGUGUCCUUACUUCUACACCACAUGGGACCUAAUGCAAUACCCAUAUUCAUGUCCUUUGGAGUUGAGAUAGAUAAAAUCAAAUAUCAAGAUUUAAUUCUAAAGUUCGACAAUCAUUUUUCUCCGAAAAAGAAUGUUACUAUGGAAAGACAUAAAUUUUUCAACUGCAAACAAGCAGAAAAUCAGACAAUGAAUGAUUUUAUCAUGCAACUUCGCAAUUUGGCAAAAACCUGUGAAUUCAAGGAAGCAGAAAAUAUAAUUAGAGACAUACUCAUUUGUAACUUACACUCAAGGUUCUCAUUCAUCAAGGAAAGACUUCUGGAAUUGGGGGACGUGAAAUUGGAAAAAACAAUUGAAACAGCUCAGAACCUAGAAACAAGUCGACAACAUCUUCAAGAGCUGGAGUCGCAGAGUGUUGUACUACAAGUCAAGUCGCAGCCCAAGAAAACCAACGACAGAAGAGGAAAGAAUUAUGGUCGACCAGGUAGCAGGGUUUCAGAUCAGCAAAGGAACAAAUGUCCAAGAUGUGGUCAGGUACACCAUCACAAAUGUCCAGCAACAGGUCAAAUUUGCAAAAAGUGUGGUAAACCCAAUCAUUGUGCCAUCAUGUGCAGAUCGGCUCCACAAAGCAAUGGAGUUAAAACUAAAGAAGUUGUACCUUUGAACACAUUGGAACUCAACUGCAUUAAUACAAUAUUGAAUGGAAAGCUGGUAACGACCGUAUAUGGAGAAUGUAUUCUUUUAGAACUUAAAGAUAAAAGAGUUUUUUUACCAAAAAGAGCAACAUCGGUUUUAAAAACACAUUUGGAUGAGCUGAACAGUCAGAAAUAUGGCAUCAAAUUUAUUGGAAUGAAGGAGAUCACAGGACUCCCAGCAUCAACACUGUUAUUCCAGAUUGUGUUGAGGGAAUAAUAGAGGUAUGUGACAUUUAUUUAUUCAAUAGAGCUAUGAAACUUCUUGUUUGUGAGAAAGACAUAAAUAUAAUAAAAACUUGGAAUCGUUUGAUAAAUAAGCAUAUUCGUUUAUUUCAUAAAAAUAUUGCUCAUAAUGUGGAUCAUGGACAGAAAAUCAUAAUUCAAAAAGCUUUAUGUCAUUUUAAACGAUAUAAAAUCCAACUGAGAUCUUCUAUUAAUUACAAAGGAGCAGUU